AUGGCGGACACGGUGACACCGUCCGUGUUGUGCGUCGCCUGGUGGGUGGGAUCAGCCGUGACGCUGGUCUGUUUGCCCAUUGCCGGUGCGGGUUUGCUAUUGGCCCUGGCUCCUUGUCUGCCGCGAGCCUGGCUUGAGCCUCGCAUCAACGCAGGCCCACUAGGCUUGCGCCGAAGACGCCAGCCGCGAGCGCACGCGAUUUUGGACACAACCGGCUUUGCUGAUUGGACAGCCUGGGCUCGGCCGCUGGCACGGUCGCCCCGCACCACACUCUUGAAGCAAGUCGAUAAGAGCUUCAUCAAAAAUGGACUUCGCGUCGAAACGCUGCCUGCUAAUCGCCUUGGCUGGGCACAUCUCCAGAUCGUGAUCGCCCACCAACAGCGCCACUACAGCACCCCUAUCGCGCUGCUUAUCGGCGUUUUUCGCUUCCUCAUUUGUCGCGCCAUGCCAGGCCAGGUUGAUGUUUACUAUGCCACGGUCAAGCCAAGUUGUAGUAGCCAGAUCGAGGCCCGCUCACCAGACCCCACCACCUCUGUAGUUGCCGAGGGUCCAAAUGGCCUACACCAUCGCACUGCCCACGCAACAGCACCCCUGACCAAUGCACCUGAGAGCACGGGAGCAGCAACAGCAGCAGACGUGGCAGCAGCACCUGGGCUUUCAGCUUUUCAGGAACGGCCUGUCGCUCUGGGCCACUCUGUCGUUAAAGGAGACACUUUGCGUCUCAUGUGGUUCUACUGCAGUGAUCCCCGCUGCCUCCUGUGGUUUGCCGUGCUUCGUGCCGGCGUUCAGCGUGCCAUUCAAACCCCAGGGCUGCGCUGGGUUGACGCCGGCCCCUCUGGGCGACCAGAGGUGGCCGAGCUCAAAGGCACCUACGGCUUUGAGGUCACCUCGCAGUGGUUGCAGCUCUGCAACUACGAUGGCCCAUAUCAACCAGCAACUCCCUAUGACCGGAUCGAGCUUCACGGUCACCUCAAACAAGCCUAG